AUGCCGGGAACUCACAGAGCGAGCUCCACACGCAUUUCCCAGUCCAUCACAAAGUCCCGCUCAUCUGAUCUGAACAAUGAGAAUUUACCGGUCACGAGUCCUUCACAACCUCCUCCUCACUUUUACGCAAAAGCAGAGGAGUAUUGGAAGCAUGUUCCACCAACGAUAGACGGAAUGCUUGGCGGAUACUCCUCCCUGAACGUUCCGGAUAUUGCGGAUUCGCAUGCUUUUUUGGAAGAAUUUGGACCAACGACAACAGCUUAUGCGCUGGACUGUGGGAGCGGAAUUGGACGGAUCACGAAGCAGCUUCUUUUGCCCCGGUUCACCUUUGUCGAUAUGGUAGAGGUGACGCAGGCUUUUUUGGACAAGGCAGAAGAUUACAUCGGUGAAGAUUUUGAAAACGUGGGAGAACUCUUUUGCGUUGGGUUGCAGGAGUUCAUACCGCCUCGCGGCCGGUACGAUCUUAUUUGGAUCCAGUGGGUUAUCGGACACCUUACCGAUUUAACUCUGGUCGAGUUUCUCAAACGGUGCAUAA